GACUUGUACUUGUGGUAGCUACCCCCCAUCGUGGGGUCACGGCGCUUAUGCCUUUUUCUCUCACAUCUUAUAUGGCAUUACUUGCCAAAAAUGUCUGGCCUUCCUGUACGCCAUUUCGGCUGACACGGCGCUUCGCAUGUCGAUCAUCCGCGUAUGUUCAGUUUGCACCUCUUAUGUUCCAACGAAAUAUUUUUUGGAUUUACUAUGUUACCCCCCCCCCCCCCUCUCUCGCGUCCGCUGUACGCUUCGGCCUCCGUACCUUUCUUUCUCCUUUUUCGCACCUGCGGCUACGCUUCGGCUUUCGUGCCUUCUCUAUUGAGGAGUUAUUGUCUGGUCUUUGUUGCCAGCUCAAUUUUACUCUACUCCCGGGGUUUCGGGUGCGGUUCCGAUUGUAAGUAUUUUUUGGUCUUGCUAAAAGGAGAAGGUGCUGUGACCUUCGGUUUCCUUUGGUGGGUGCAUAAUUAUGUAUUCGGCGCUACCCUAGCCCUUUGGUCAUGUCUAUUUCCUGGCUCCCGGUUUCUUCAGCGUUACUAAGUUGAAUUCUUAGUCCUUCGUCCCAUUUGAAUGUCGCAAGGUGCAGAAGGGUCGAGGUAACAGGCACUGAGAGAAGCAAUUCCAUGAUAUUGUAACGUGAUAGGUCAAGACUGACCAUUGUGUGAUUAUUGGAA